ACGCUUGACUAACUGAGCCACCCAGGUGCCCCAAUAAUGAGGUGAUUUAAAAAUAAACACACUGGCAUCUCUGGUUUGUUCCUCUUGCACUCUGGGGCUGGAGUUGAGCAGGAGGCAGCAAUGAUAUUUUCCUUUUGAAGUCGAUGCAUAUAAAGUACAGGGGAGACUUGCUUUGUCCAGGACAGAGCGAGGGUCUAGAGGGGUUCUGGAGGGCUUGAGCAGGGGCUAGCCUUCACCCAGCACUCCUAAGGGCCUGGUACCUACCUGCUCCUGCAUUGUUUCCAGAAUUUGAUUUCUAACAGCACAGCACUUGGAAGAGAAGCCUGAUGUGGGGAGAGCAGUGUGCUGACAACUCAGUCUGGAGAAAGCACUGUGCUCCUGCCCGUGGGGUACGUGGUUUCCAGGUAACCCGCAGCACUCUCAUUUGGCUCUGUCUCCUGCCAUCCCAACCUGGACACUAGCUGUGGAGUUGGGUCGUGUUCAGCUACGCUCUGCAGAGAUACAGAGAGGAUUUCAGAUCUCUGGCACCAGUCCUGUUGUGAGUUCCUGCAAAAUCGUUCCGUUCUCAGAGAUUGGACAAGAGAUCUCAGAAGGACCACUUAGACAUUCGACAGCCCUCUUUGACAAAGACCUCUGGCAGGCACUCUCGCAGUAGACUUGGGCCUGGAGCACGGUGGAGGGGGGACUCAAUGCCUCAUUCCUCACCACAAGCCUGAAAAGCCCCCUCUCAGCUCCUUUGUCUGCUGCCGUGGCCUUGGUGGCACCCUCCCUCAGUGGUCAGUCCAGGGCUCUCUCAGCCCAUGCAGUCCCCUGCUACCGCUGCUGAGGGCCUCAGUGGCCUCCACUUUGGGGCCUACCCACUCCCUACCUUCAAGUUCCAGCCUCGCUCUGAGAGCGUGGACUGGAGGCGCAUCAGUGCCCUGGAUGUGGAGCGUGUGGCACGGGAGCUGGAUGUGGCCACGCUGCAGGAGAACAUCACUGGUGUCACCUUCUGCAAUUUGGACCGGGAGGCGUGCAGCCGCUGCGGGCAGCCCGUGGACCCGGUGCUGCUCAAGGUGCUGCGCUUGGCUCAGCUCACUAUCGAGUACCUGCUGCACUGCCAGGACUGCCUGAGCGCCAGCGUUGCCCAGCUCGAGGCACGGCUGCAGGCCAGCCUGGGCCAGCAGCAGCGAGGCCAGCAGGAGCUGGGCCGCCAGGCUGACGAGCUCAAGGGAGUGCGGGAAGAGAGCCGCCGGCGUCGCAAGAUGAUCGGCACCUUGCAGCAGCUGCUCCUGCAGACGGGGGCCCACAGCUACCACACGUGCCACCUGUGUGACAAGACGUUCAUGAACGCCACCUUUCUCCGGGGCCACAUCCAGCGCAGGCAUGCGGGCGUGGCAGAAGGGGGGAAGCAGAAGCAGCAGGAACAGCCAGUGGAGGAGAUAUUGGAGGAGCUCCGGGCCAAGCUAAAAUGGACCCAAGGGGAGCUGGAAGCCCAGAGGGAGGCCGAGAGGCACCGGCAGCUGCAGGAUGCAGAAAUUGCUCGUCAGAAGGAAAUAGACGCUAAGAAAGAAUUUGACGAAUGGAAACAAAAAGAGCGGGCCAUGCUACAUGAGGAAAUAGACAAGCUAAAAAAGUUAUUUUGGGAUGAAUUUAAAAGUGUCGCCAACCACAACUCAACUCUAGAAGAGAAACUGCAGGCAUUGCAGUCCCACAGUGUGGUGGAGUCCAACCUCGGGUCACUACGGGAUGAGGAGUCUGAGGAGCAACUCAGACAGACCCAGGAGCUCCAGGCCCUGAAGGAGAAGAUGGAAAUCCAGAAAACAGAAUGGAAGAGAAAAAUGAAGGAACUGCAAGGGGAGCAUGCAGCCCAGAAGCGAGAGCUGCAGGAGCAGAAUGAGCGGCUCCAGGCCUCCCUGUCUCAGGACCAGAGGAGAGCAGCCGCCCAGGCCCAGCGCCAGAUCAGCACUCUCCAUGCCCAGCUCCAGGAACAAGCCAGGCUCAUCACCUCCCAGGAAAAGAUGAUCCAGACCCUGUCUCUCAGGAAGGAGGAGGGGAUCCGCAAGGGCCUGAAGGCUAUGGACACCGAGGAGGACUCUUCCGAGGAAGAGCCGGAGGACUCCCAAGACGGGCAGCAGAAGGUGCUGGCAGCUCUGAGGAGAAACCCCACCCUGCGGAGGCAGUUCAGGCCCAUCCUGGAGGACACCCUGGAAGAGAAGCUGGAAAGCCUGGGGAUAAAGAGAGAUGCAAAGGGAAUCUCCUUUCAAACUCUCAGACACCUAGAGUCCCUCCUGAGAGCCCACCGGGAGCAGAAGGCACGGAGGUUUUCUGAAUUUCUGAGUCUGCGGGAAAAGCUUGUCAAGGAGGCCACCAGCAGGGUGACGGAGAGACAGAGACACAGGGCCCCGGCGUCCCAGCCGGACAGCGAGGCUCCAGUCAAAAGCCAGCAGAACCCACUGGCCAUGCAAGAGGCCCAGACAAAGCCCAGGACCCUGCAGGUGGCAUUGCCAUCGAAGCCAGGAGAGCCGCCCACGACAACUCUUCAGAGCCACAGCAGUCACGGCCCUGGCCUGGCUCAGGUGCCCACCCCUACUCCACGCCCCAGAGCACGUGGACCGUCCGGCAGCCCUGCUUCCCCAGGGCCCGGGCCGAGCACACCCCCGUUUAGUUCUGAAGAGGACUCCGAGGGAAACUCCGUGCAGCGGACAUCUCUCCAGCCCCCACGAGGUCCUUCCAGGAUGGGGCCCCGGCCAGAGGACAGCUGGGACUGGUCCGACACAGAGACCUCGGAGGCGAGUGCCCAGCCCCCUGACAAGGGCUCAGGUGGCCUGGCCUCCUCAGGAACACUGGUGCAGUCGCUGGUCAAAAACCUUGAGAAACAGCUGGAGGCUCCAGUGAAGACGCCAGCGGGAGGGGUCAACCUGUUCUUCCGGCCCAGCGCCGGCCCGGGGAAGGCUGCCGUGCCAACAAGGACGCCUCAGCUUUCGGAUGAGGACAGUGACUUGGAGAUCUCUUCCUUGGAAGAUCUCCCCCAGGACCUGGGCCAGAGAGAAGAACCGAAGCCCCUGUCUCGCUCGAAGCCUCCGGAAAAGUUUGGCACCAGCCCUUGGGGCCCUGGCCGGCCGAGGGUCCCCGGCUGGUGAUCCCAUCCCAGAGCCUGGCUGGGGCCAGCUCAGGGUCCCUCCCCAAACACAAGAGGCUGCUGGGCCUCUCUUGUCUUCACCAGUGACCAAGAGGUCUUCUCUGGAGAGGAGCAGAGCAGAUGGUGGAUAUGAUAGCUCCUCUCUUGCCCAUGAGCAGGGGUCCUGCUCCAGAGCUCCAUCUGCGCCUGGUUGGGUGCUCCUGGGUCUUGUGGUUUGAGAAAGGGUUAUUUAUAAUGAGCCCUUUCCUUCCCCCCCACUCCAUGUUCACUCCAGACUGAAAGAACCACUUGAUCUUCAGGGCGUGUUGUCAAUCUGUGGGAAUGCUGUGGAGAGGAGUCUUUUGUGGUGUCCUUUUGGUGUCCUUUUGGGGACAGUCAGUCAUUCAGUGGUUGAUCCAAAGUCAUUCACAGUGUGCUUGCUCUGGGCCAGGCCUCCAGGCUCUCCCUACUGUGUUGGGGUGCCAGCAGAGGUGAGUAGGGCAGAAGUACAGGGUAGUAGUCUGGUAACCAACAUUAGGGUGUUAUGGGAACAUAGCGAGGGCCACCCAGUGUAGACAUGGGUGAUCUGGGAGGGACUCCCAGAGCUGAUGUCAGGCUGUGCUUGCUCAUGGGUGGGAGAGAGGCAGGGAGGGAGGGCCACCUGACUGGCGCCUCAUGCCCAAAGGACCACACAUUUAAGUUUUGAAACUAUUUCUAAAAUUAGGUUAUAGAUGUAACCACUCUAUUUUUUUUAAUAUGAAAAACAUCAAUUUGUCAUAUAGAAACAUUUAAAUAUAGCACAAUGGUUAUAACUCACUUCUGUUCAUUAUUUUUGGAGCUUCAGGAGGGGCAUAGUGGGGUGAAGCCACCUGCACCCCCAUUGUGGCAGGUGAGGUCUGUUGGGAUGCGGAUGCCAAGGUGGUUAGGAGAGCCAGAGGUUUGCUGGGCUGAAGGCAGAGCAAGCAGGUCAGCAGGGAGGGCCCUCGGAGAGCAGCGCAGGCCCCACCACCGUGAGAGCAGAGGGAGCAGGAAUCAGGAGCAGGCAGGGGCCCCCAGACGGCCCCGGGGGGCUGUCCCCUCUGCCAACCCAGUGGGAGCUGCCGAGCAGGGAGUCCCCACUGGGCACAAACGGCCUGGCCCUGGAGCCCGCACCCUGUCGGCUUGCUUCACUGCCCGUGAUUGAACAGCAGUUUUUGCCUCAAGGGAGACUGAGCCCUGUGCCUCGCCAAUGAAGGACCCCAAGUUCAUCUGCCCAUGCAGGGAAGACAAUGACCAAGGCUUUGAGAAUGCAGCAAGGGAAGUGAGUGGCAGCCAAAUGGGGAGACAGGAGGGCCACCUGAACCCCUUCCCUGAAGGAGGAGAGUCAGGGCAAUUUAAAGGCACACCAGAAGAGGGUAAGAAGUAGCAGCUGCACUUACUACUCUGCAGCUGCAAUGGGCCUCCUAUCAUCACAGGUUUCAGGAAUAGUGUCCCCAGUAGUCCACGUCCCUGACACCCAGCCUCCACCACUGUCCACUCAACUCAGCAAUCUUGCUCCAUCUGUCUUUCCCACCUUGGGUCUCUUGCCCUCCAUCUGGGCUUCCGUUAGCCUCUGGGUAGAGACCCUGCCACCCGGCCAGGCCUGACAUUCUGGUGGGAGGAGCCAGGGGAAGCCAGGGAGGAAAGGCUUUGCAGAGGGCAAAAGGCACCUGGGGGCGGGGUUCGCUUGGGGGGUCGUGGUACCAGGCUGCUCAGCGAGGCCGGAGCACAGCUUAUGCAGGGCCUUAUGUGGGACUUGGGGCCCGUGCAGUCCUGGCCAGCUGGGGGGUAAAUUCCCUUCAUGUAUCUCACACAAUUGAGCAGCUGAGGACAUGGGGAAGGAUGAUCCCAGUGAGUGCUGCCAGAGUGUGAAGAGGGGAAGCUGCAGUGGAUGGGAAGUGCGGUGGGUUGAUGCCCCUCCUAGGAUUCUCCCAACAAAGUCAUGUUUUCCUGUUCACCGGCUUUGGGCAAGGGGCAUAUAAAAAAUGGUGGUACUCCCCACCACCUCCGGUCUCCCCCACAACCUCCUGGUCUCCCCUCCUCACCUGAUCUCCCCCAUCACCUGCUGGUCUCCCCCAUCUCUUCUUGGUCUCCCCUCACCACCUCCUAGUCUUCCCCGCUCCCCCCCCCACCCCGUCUCCUGCACCACCUCCUGGUCUCUCCCACUACCUCCUCUUAACCCUCACCACCUCCUGGUCUCCCCUCAUCACCUCCUCUUCUCCUGCAGUCCUGACAUAGGUCUGAUGCCAGCCCCCACAUCACACAUACACCCUGAAGUCUCUGUUUUUUGAAGGUUGUCUCUGAUGCUGUGGGAGGCUGCACAGCCUUUGAAGGUGCACCCCCAAUGGGCGGGAGUGCUGACAUUCCCGGGGCAGCCUGCGGCCAGGGUGGAAUGGGAGUUGUUGAGUGAUUGGUCCAGCGUUCCCCUGCGGCGCUGGCACAACUCCAGGGUUUACUGAGAUCCCCCAGUGGGAGGGAAUCCCAGUUGCUCUAGCAGUUACUACUUACUAGGGCACCUUUCAUUGGCCUUCUUCCUACUGUCUCGUUUUUUUCACUCUGACUCCUGCUUCUUUGGAGCGCCUCUGAAAUAAAUUACCCUGCUCCCAAGUCCUUGCCUCAGGCUCUGCUUUCAGGGGCAAGGCCAAGUGAAAUAAAUGUAUGUGCAUAUGUGUUUUCAUGUGCACUAGUGAUAAUUGCCCA